GACCUUCUCCUGGGCUUUCAGUUUUUCAAGUUAAUCGUAUAAUGGGAAAGCAAGCGUUAAAAGGGGACAUGCUUACUAGGCGAAAGUUGGGGAUCUUGAAUGUCAUCGGAACCAUGGACCUACCUGGUGAAUCCGUAUAUCCAUUGUAUAUUGCUGCAUCAGUAGAUAGUCAAGAACCUGUAGCUAAGAGAGGGGAAGAUCUUCUUAAAAAGAUAGCUUCUGGAACAAAUAUGGAUCAUCCCAAGUUGAUAAACAGACUGUUCUUACUAUUCAAUGGCACUACAGGCACUGAAAAUGUUACUCCGGAACAUAAUGUAGCUCCAGCAAAUGCAUCCUUGAAAAUGAAGCUCAUGUCUGGUUUCUGUCGUUCUAUCGCAGCUGCAAAUAGUUUUCCUGCAACAUUGCAGUGCAUAUUUGGCUGCAUGUAUGGAAGUGGAACAACCUUAAGGCUAAAGCAAAUGGGAAUGGAGUUCACCGUGUGGGUUUUCAAGCAUGGGAAGAUAGAUCAAUUGAAACUUAUGGGACCUGUUAUACUGAAUGCUAUUCUAAAAAUGCUUGAUGGUUUCACAGGUUCAGAAACAGAUGCUCUGUCGAGGGAGACCAAAACAUUUUCUUUUCAAGCUAUUGGUUUACUUGCACAACGUUUACCUCAGCUUUUUAGAGAAAAGACUGAAAUGGCUGUUCGUCUUUUUGAUGCGCUGAAGUUAGAAACCCAAUCUCUUCGUUCAACCAUCCAGGAGGCAAUAAUUUCUCUUUGUUUUUGCUAUCGACCUUGUUUUGAUGGGACAGGAAGUGGAACAACCUUAAGGCUAAAGCAAAUGGGAAUGGAGUUCACCGUGUGGGUUUUCAAGCAUGGGAAGAUAGAUCAAUUGAAACUUAUGGGACCUGUUAUACUGAAUGCUAUUCUAAAAAUGCUUGAUGGUUUCACAGGUUCAGAAACAGAUGCUCUGUCGAGGGAGACCAAAACAUUUUCUUUUCAAGCUAUUGGUUUACUUGCACAACGUUUACCUCAGCUUUUUAGAGAAAAGACUGAAAUGGCUGUUCGUCUUUUUGAUGCGCUGAAGUUAGAAACCCAAUCUCUUCGUUCAACCAUCCAGGAGGCAAUAAUUUCUCUUGUAGCUGCAUACAAGGACUCUCCAGAGAAUAUUCUCAGAGAUUUGGAAGUGCUUCUGCUAGCAAAUUCUCUGGCGGAACAAAAUGAAGCUCGCUUUUGUGCUUUGCGAUGGGCAACUUCUUUGUAUAAUUCACAACAUUGUCCAAGUCUCUACAUUUGCAUGCUGAGCGCAGCAGAUCCGAAGCUAGAUAUAAGGGAAAUAGCACUCGAAGGACUCUUUCUGAAAGAAGAAGGUCGCACUAUAGUCUCUAAUCAUGACCAUAAAUAUCCAAAAUUUGUUGAGAUGCUGGAGUACAUUCUUAAGCAACAGCCAAAACUGAUAGAUUCUUCAGAAAUGAGAAGCCAGAAGCUUCUCUUUCCCUCACAAGUAUAUCUUGUCAUGAUAAAGUUUUUAGUGAAGUGUUUUGAGUUAGAGAUGGAGGAGAGCAAUACCCAGGCAGUAGGGACUGAUUUUUUGGAUUCGGCACAAAAAAUGUGUUUGUGGCUAAGGGGUCUGCUUAGUCAUACAGACUUGAGUACUCGUGAAUCUGUAUCACGAUUACUCGGAAUGGCAUCCUGUGCUCUUUCUGAUGCUGAAUCAUGUUCCUUGCUUUCUGAAUUGGUAUCUUCAAUUUCCCAACCGCAGAAGUUAAGGUUUGAGGCACAGCAUGGGGGAUUAUGCGCUAUAGGAUUUGUUUCAGCACACUGUUUACAUAGAAUGCCUGCUGUCUCCAAAGCAGUUACUCAAAAUGCGGUUAAAUGUUUGGUGGAUGUCGUUAACUUAGAGACUGCACCACUGGCUUCUGUUGCUAUGGAAGCUCUGGGUCAUAUUGGCAUUUGUGGCGCAUUACCUCUUCUUGUUAAUGAUUCUAGUCCAGGGACUCAAGUGCUGGAAGUUCUGCACGAAAGAUUGAGCAAGCUGCUCUCUGGUGAUGAUAUAAAAUCAAUUCAGAAGAUUGCUCUAUCUCUUGGACAUCUCUGUUUAAAUGAAACGUCAUCUUCGCACUUGAAAAUAGCGCUUGAUCUUUUAUUUAGUCUUUCACGGUCAAAGGUGGGUUUGUUAAUAUUGAAGGAUGAACGAUGUGCUGGAACUGUGUGGAUGCUGUCUUUGACCAUGUACUGUGGCCAACAGUCAUCAAUCCAACUAAUGCUUCCUAAAAUCCAGGAGGCUUUCUCACAUUUGUUAGGCGACCAGAAUGAACUUACACAGGAGCUGGCAUCCCAGGGCAUGAGCAUCAUCUAUGAACUUGGUGAUGCAUCAAUGAAGAAAAACCUAGUAGAUGCUCUGGUAAAUACUCUAACUGGCACAAGCAAAAGAAAACGAGCUAUAAAGCUUGUUGAGGAUUCUGAAGUGUUUCAAGAGGGAACCAUCGGUGAGAGUCCCACUGGAGGGAAGAUUAGCACUUACAAGGAGCUUUGUAAUCUUGCAAAUGAAAUGGGGCAACCUGAUUUAAUUUACAAAUUUAUGGACUUAGCCAAUCACCAAGCUUCUCUUAACUCAAAGAGAGGAGCUGCUUUUGGGUUCUCCAAGAUAGCCAAACAAGCAGGAGAUGCUCUUCGACCACAUUUGCGACUGUUGAUUCCGAGGUUGAUUCGUUAUCAAUAUGAUCCUGACAAAAAUGUGCAGGAUGCAAUGGCACACAUUUGGAAAGCACUGAUACAAGACCCUAAGAAAGCUGUUGAUGAACAUUUGAAUCACAUCUUCGAUGAUUUGCUAGUACAAUGUGGUUCACGGCUUUGGCGCUCUCGUGAGGCAUCCUGUUUGGCCCUUGCUGAUAUAAUUCAAGGUCGGAAAUUUGACCAGGUCAGGGAGCAUUUGAAAAAACUAUGGAUAGCUGCAUUCCGUGCAAUGGAUGACAUUAAAGAGACUGUGAGAAAUGCUGGUGAUAAGUUAUGUCGUGCUGUGACAUCCUUAACGAUAAGGAUCUGUGAUGUCACGCUUACUGAACUAUCAGAUGCAAAACAAGCAAUGGAUAUUGUUCUUCCUUUUUUGCUUUCUGAAGGAAUAAUGAGUAAAGUGGACAGUGUACGUAAGGCUUCAAUUGGAGUUGUUAUGAAGCUUGCAAAGGGUGCUGGAGUUGCCCUCCGUCCACAUUUGUCAGACUUAGUUUGCUGUAUGUUGGAAAGUUUGUCUAGUCUUGAAGACCAAGGACUUAACUAUGUUGAGUUGCAUGCUGCCAAUAUUGGCAUAGAAACCGAGAAACUUGAAAAUUUACGAAUUUCAAUCUCGAAAGGCUCUCCAAUGUGGGAAACUCUUGAUCUGUGUAUUAAUAUAGUGGAUAUUGAAUCACUUGAUCAGUUGAUUCCUCGUCUCACGCAACUUGUUCGGGGUGGUGUUGGCCUCAAUACAAGAGUUGGUGUUGCCAGCUUCAUCUCCUUGCUAGUUCAGAAAGUUGGUACUGAGAUAAAGCCA